GACAACCAGCCAGCCAUGGGCCAGGAUUAUUACUCUGUGCUCCAGAUCCCUCGCAAUUCAGAAGAUGCCCAGAUCAAAAAUGCGUACCGGAAACUUGCCCUUAAGAACCACCCGUUGAGGUCCACUGAGCCAUCCGCAGCGGAGGCAUUCAGGCAAAUAGCGGAGGCCUACGAUGUGCUGAGCAACCCUGUGAAAAGAGGCAUCUAUGACAAGUUCGGAGAGGAAGGCCUGAAGGGCGGAAUUCCUCUGGAGUUUGGAUCGCAGACCCCGUGGACAACUGGUUACGUCUUCCAUGGCAACCCGGAAAAGGUUUUCCAUGAGUUCUUCGGGGGAGAUAACCCCUUUAAUGAGUUUUUUGAUGCAGAAGGAAAUGAGGUGGAUCUGAACUUUGGGGGACUCUGGGGCCGAGGGGUCAAGAAACAGGACCCCCCAAUCGAACGAGACCUCUACCUGUCCCUGGAGGACUUAUUCUUUGGCUGCACCAAGAAAAUUAAGAUCUCCCGAAGGGUGCUGAACGAGGAUGGGUACUCCUCUACCAUCAAGGACAAGAUCCUCACGAUUGACGUGAAGCCUGGUUGGAGGCAGGGCACACGUAUCACCUUCGAGAAGGAAGGGGACCAGGGUCCCAACGUCAUCCCAGCCGACGUCAUCUUCAUUGUAAAGGAGAAGCUACACCCUCGCUUUCGCAGGGAGAAUGACAACCUCUUUUUUGUGAACUCCAUCCCCUUGGGCAAGGCUCUGACCUGCUGCACCGUGGAGGUGAAGACCCUAGAUGACCGUCUGCUCAACAUCCCCAUCAAUGACAUCGUCCACCCCAAGUACUUCAAGAAGGUGCCAGGUGAGGGGAUGCCGUUGCCAGAGGACCCCACCAAGAAGGGGGACCUCUUCAUUUUCUUUGACAUCCAGUUCCCCACCCGCCUCACACCCCAGAAGAAGCAGAUGCUGCGCCAGGCGUUGCUGACAUAACUCUGGUGGGCUGGAGACUGGAGCAGGGGGCUGUGGAAACCAGAGGAGUGAAGCUGACUCUGCCCUGAGGCAGGACCCAGGUGGAGAGGUGGUGGUAGG